CAUAUUGCAGAAUCUUUAACUUCUUUAACCUUCGAUCCUUCACCAUAGUUACUAGUAAAAUAUGGCCGCUUCAUCUUCUAUCCAAUUACUAACACCUGCAUUAGCAAUACUCAUACUUACUUUAUUGAAAUUAUGUACUUCAACAAGAGCAUCAGCUGGAAUAUGCUACAAAUCCAUCAUCAGCUUUGGUGAUUCCAUCGCUGAUACUGGCAACUUACUCCGCCUCUGCCCCUCCAAUCAUCCUCCCCACUUUUCCCUACCACCAUACGGCGAAAGCUUCUUUCACCGACCUACUGGUCGCUUCUCCAAUGGACGUCUUGUCAUUGAUUUCAUUGCUGAGAGCUUUGGGCUUCCGUUAAUACCACCAUAUCUUGCCGGAGAAGAUGCAAGGGGAAGGGAUUUUCGUCAAGGCGUAAAUUUUGCAGUAGCAGGAGCUACAGCACUUGACAGUUCAUUUUUCAGGGAAAGAGGAGUACGUAAUCCUCUGACGAAUGUGUCAUUGGGAACUCAGUUAAGGUGGUUCAAAGAUGUGAUGCCGUCUUUCUGCAGCAACUCUUCAGAUUGCAGGGAAUUUCUUCGAACCUCGCUUGUUCUUAUGGGAGAGAUUGGAGGAAAUGAUUACAACCAUGCACUUGUUCAAGGAAUAAAAAUAGAUCAGAUCAAAUCAUUUGUUCCUGCUGUUGUUAGCGAGAUCAGUUCAGCCAUCGAGGAAGUGAUUAAGCUCGGAGCCGUGACAUUGAUUGUUCCCGGGAACUUUCCAAUCGGCUGCUCAGCUGUCUAUCUGACCUAUUUUCAAGGUUCCAACCAGCAAGACUAUGACAAGGCUACUGGUUGCAUAAACUGGUUAAAUGAUUUUUCAAAGUACCAUAACAGAUUGCUGCAGAAAGAACUUAAUCGCAUCAGAAAACUUCAUCCUCAUGCCACCAUUAUCUAUGCCGAUUACUACAAUGCUGCAAUGAGAUUAUAUCGUUCCCCAAACAAAUAUGGAUUUAGAGGAGGAGCUCUAAAGGCUUGCUGCGGUGGUGGAGGCCCCUACAAUUAUAAUUCCUCCGUGGAAUGUGGCUACCCACCAGCAACUAGCUGUGACGACCCGUCUUUGUAUGUCUGCUGGGAUGGUUUGCACUUGACGGAAGCUGCCUACCAAUCGAUAGCCGGGGGCCUACUUCAAGGACCAUUUUCUACUCCUCCGAUGAAUACAAUCUGUGCUCUUGCAUCCACAAGUUCAGGGCUUUUGCUUCAAGAUUAGGUUCCAUCACUUAAUUUUUUAGGGCAAGUGUUCUAUCGAUCAUUUGCUGGGUUGCAAGUCAAGUAGAUUUAUGUGUACAUGUCACUAUACAAGCCGUGAAAUAGUACUUUUUUUGUUUGAAUCUAUUUUUGUUGAGUUGGUGUGUCCAUCAUAUAUACAUUUUUCAGCGUGCAAGGACUAUAAAAUUUUAAUGCCAAGUGA